UUUGAGUGCUAAUUCUUUAAUAUUAUGAGCAUGUGCAGCGAUAUAAUUUUGUAGAUAGUUUUCACUCGAUUCUCUUCACGUCGUUACUGUACCAAGAUGUUGCCGAUAAUAUUAUUAACGCUGGUAUCGUUAGUUUUGGGAGGCCGUGCUCCUUACCUUGGCGGCGAUCUGGAACCUCUCUUGGAAGAAACAAAGCGUUCUGGGAUUACACAGGUUCCGAAGCCUGUGACAGCGCAGCAGAAAGAAAAUUAUCAACGUUACAAUACAAAAUUCACAGAAAUCGCAAAAGCAUAUGCCGAAGGGUAUAAAGCCGCAAUUAAAGCUGUUCAAGCCAGAGCGCUUAUUGCUCAAAAACGUCUAUAUCAAAACCAUCUGGCUGCACAAAUUAAUGCGAGAUCGACAAUACCCGAAACUCCGACAACAAGUUCCGAAAAUGUUAAGGAAAACACAGGUGCCUUUAAUCUGCCUGUACCAAACGAGGUCACAGUAAACGGAAUGGAGAAAUCAGGUAUUCCUCAUGCUGAACCAACCACGGCUACAUCUGAUCAUAAAGUUGUUCAAAGAUCUGUCAAUCCUGUCGGGUUUGCAAACGGACCAGUAAAUCUAAUAAGUGAUGCAGAAAGAAAAAAAAUAUCUCAACUGAAUUUUGCAGCACGCCAUAGAAACUUUUACUUAGAUCGUAUUGGUGGAAGCAGAGGGUUAGUUUACAAAAAGCAUAGAAAACGAAGAUCAGCAAAAGUUGGUCAAACACCAGAUAUAAGCCGACAACGUCGUAGCCGCAUGCCAUAUCUUGGUCAAAACUUGGAUGCGCUUGGUGUUAUCAGAGCUACCCCUAACUGGGAUGAGGCGCCACAAAAGAAAGAAAACAUGCCAGCUAAACCAAGUCCUCAACAGAUACAUCAACAAUCUGGAUUGCAGGUUGCAAGUUUUCAACAACCACAGCAACAAAUACAGAAUGGAAAUCCCUCAUCAUUCGCUGUGAGAAACGGUAUCGCAAAACCAACAGCCUUACAAUUUCAACAACUACAGCAAAGAAAUUCGGUUCCAGGUUUUAAUCCAUAUAAUCAAAUGUCUAUGUAUCCACAAUAUCCUUAUCCAAACAAUGCUGGACUACAACAAGAGCAUACAUCUGUAGAAAAAAUUGACGAACAGCCGGGAGUUGAAAGAAGUAAAAAGAGUGCAUCACCAGAACCUGAUGUUGCUGCUUUGAACUACGCAGCACGACAUAGAAAUGUUUAUCUAGAUUCAGUUAGUGGUGACCCUUAUAGCGGCGGAAGUUCUGUAUUAUCGAGACAAAACAUCAUCUAUAAAAAACAUUAAAUAGAACCAGAUUCAGUUAGUUUGAAAAUUUGCUGGACAAGGCCUCAACGCUUUAGUGAUGAUAUGUUCUAGAAAAUGUGCAAGUGUCUUAAAGAUGGCGAAUGGGAAGAUUCUUUCUUAAUUUUUGUAAUAUUUGACGACGGAAAGAACUUGUCAGGCUGUCCAAGAAAAACAAAUUUAUAAUUA